AUGAUUGAUGAAAGUACAGUUGAUAUUGUUAUUAAUUAUUUUCAAAGAUCAUUUAUGUGUAAUGAUGAAUAUAUAAAUAUUAUCGAAAAUAUUAAAUUAAGUAAAAGAGUAGCAACAUUAGAUGAAUCAAAUCAAUCUCAAAAUAUUCCAUCAUCAUCAACUAAUGUCAAUAGUGAUUAUCUUAAUAGACUUCUAUCUAUUCUUGAUCGUUUAAUAAGUAAUGGUUUUCAUGGUCCAUUAAAUUGUCAUUUUAAAUUUAAAACUUAUCGUUUUUAA